AAAUAAACUGGCGUUCCUCAUUGACCAAUUGAGAUUUGAGAGAUCCCUUCAUCUCCGACUAGGGGACAAACCUUAUAAACUGCUCAAUAAUUGUAGUCUUAAACGAAACUAAAUUCAAUCUAGGGUUUGUUCAUAAGAUAAUAUUUCCUGUAAUCACUAUUGCUGUUUCCAACAAUCAAAUUAUCACCAAUUGUGAUUUGUUUCGGAGGAAAAUGGACGGUGGUUCGGCUCAGCCGGCGGACACGGUGAUGUCGGAGGCUGCGCCACCUCAGCCUCCGGUGCCCGGGAUCGACAACAUUCCGGCAACACUCAGUCACGGCGGCAGAUUCAUCCAAUACAACAUCUUCGGCAACGUCUUUGAGGUCACAGCCAAAUACAAGCCUCCCAUCAUGCCUAUCGGCAAAGGCGCAUAUGGAAUCGUCUGUUCUGCUUUGAAUUCGGAAACGAAUGAGCACGUAGCGAUAAAGAAAAUAGCGAAUGCUUUUGAUAACAAAAUCGACGCCAAGAGGACUCUGCGUGAGAUCAAGUUGCUUCGCCACAUGGAUCACGAAAAUAUUGUUGCAAUUAGAGAUAUAAUACCACCUCCUCAGAGAGCGUCAUUCAAUGACGUUUAUAUUGCAUAUGAGCUUAUGGACACUGAUCUUCAUCAAAUUAUUCGCUCUAAUCAGUCAUUAUCAGAGGAGCACUGUCAGUAUUUCUUGUAUCAGAUUCUCCGUGGGUUGAAAUACAUACAUUCUGCAAAUGUUUUGCACAGGGACUUGAAGCCCAGCAAUCUACUAUUGAAUGCCAAUUGUGAUCUGAAAAUAUGUGAUUUUGGAUUAGCUCGUGUGACAUCCGAAACAGAUUUUAUGACUGAAUAUGUUGUGACUAGAUGGUACCGGCCACCUGAGCUAUUAUUGAACUCUUCUGACUACACUGCAGCCAUUGAUGUAUGGUCAGUGGGUUGUAUUUUCAUGGAAUUGAUGGAUCGGAAACCCCUAUUCCCUGGUAGAGAUCAUGUCCACCAGCUACGUCUGCUUAUGGAGCUAAUAGGUACACCUUCGGAGGCUGAAAUGGAGUUUUUGAAUGAGAAUGCGAAAAAAUAUAUCCGGCAGCUUCCAUUAUAUCGUCGCCAGUCAUUUACUGAAAGGUUUCCACAUGCGCACCCUGGUGCUAUUGAUCUUGUUGAGAAAAUGUUGACAUUUGAUCCCAGGCGAAGAAUUACCGUUGAAGGUGCACUUGCGCAUCCUUACCUAACAUCACUCCACGAUAUCAGUGACGAGCCAAGUUGCACGACUCCCUUUAACUUUGAUUUUGAGCAGCAUGCAUUGAGCGAGGAGCAGAUGAAGGAGCUGAUUUACCGAGAGGCCGUUGCUUUCAACCCCGAGUUUGAGCAGCAAAUGUGAUGAAUGAGAGUUGUUGUUAGAGUUGUGGCCCUGUGAAUUGUGAUACUUAUCGAUUUCAUGAUUGCUUUAUUCAUCUGUUAAACCUGUCUGAUAUUUUCAACAUUUGAUUGUGGGACAAUUCGGGUAUUCAAAAAUUGUUGUUGUAUGAGUGAGGUAGUUACCACUUUGUGUUUAAUGCAUUGAAGUCCCUAGUAGUUUCAAUCA